UUGUGCUUCCGGGUCUGUCAUCUCCGCGCCGCGCCGCGCAGCGCCGGCUUCCCGGGAGAGGCACGAGGGCUGCCGCAUGGAGCUGGUGGCCGGGAGCUACGAGCAGAUCCUCUUUGGGUUCACUGUGCACCCGGAGCCCAAGGCGGGCGGCGACCACGAGCAGAAAUGGACUUCAGUGGCCGACUUCACUCACCACGCCCACACUGCCUCCUUGUCCGCGGUGGCUGUGAACAGUCGUUUUGUAGUCACUGGCAGCAAAGAUGAAACGAUUCAUAUAUAUGAUAUGAAAAAGAAGGUAGAGCACGGGGCCCUCGUACAUCACAACGGCACAAUAACUUGCCUAAAGUUCUAUGGCAACCGGCACUUGAUCAGUGGAGCUGAAGACGGGCUCAUCUGUGUCUGGGAUGUGAAGAGCUGGGAGUGCUUGAAGUCCAUGAAAGCUCACAAAGGACACGUGACCUUCCUUUCCAUUCACCCGUCUGGCAAGUUGGCGCUGUCUGUAGGCACAGAUAAGACCUUAAGAACCUGGAAUCUUGUGGAGGGAAGAUCAGCUUUCAUAAAAAACAUAAAACAAAAUGCUCACAUAGUAGAAUGGUCCCCGAGUGGAGAGAAAUACGUCGUUGUCAUCCUAAAUAAGAUUGAUGUCUACCAACUUCAUACUGCGGCCAUCAGCGGCACCAUCACCAAUGAAAGACGGGUUUCUUCUAUUACCUUUCUUUCAGACUCUGUCCUCGCAGUGGCUGGAGAUGAAGAAGUAGUGAGGUUUUUUGACUGUGGAUCACUGAUGUGCCUCUGUGAGUUUAAAGCGCAUGAGAACAGGGUAAAAGAUAUGUUCAGUUUUGAAAUUCCAGAGCAUCAUGUUCUUGUUACAGCAUCGAGUGAUGGCUUCAUCAAAAUGUGGAAGCUUAAGUCCGAUAAGACUGUUCCACCGUCUUUGCUCUGUGGAGUGAACACUAACGCCAGGCUGACGUGCCUUGGGGUGUGGUUAGACAGAGGGGCAGACACGAAGGCGGGCCCACCUGCUCCGGCAGCGCCCUCCCCGGUAAAGAAAAAAGACCAGGCCAGGAUCAGCGGAAAUGAGUCUGGUGAUGUGGUGCAGGAAGCGGCAGCGACGGAGCCUAACUCUCAGAAAUGCGGCUUAGCUGGUGGCAGUGACAAGCCAGCCAAAGGGAGCAGCCUCCUGCCGUGCAAGAGGAAGACAGUGGAAAUGUUGGAAAAGAAGAAGAGAAAAAAGAAGAAAAUAUAGCACACAGUGAACCCCAGAUUUCUCCUCCAAAGAACUCCUUUUAGAUGGAAUUGUCAUUUUCACGUAUUAAAUUUUUUAUUUUUA